UCCGAUAAUGGUUUGUGGGUAUAAGAGCCCGCAUUGCGAGGUCAAAGUGCAUCAGUCUUCGCCUGACCCUGGCACCAUGAACUUCGCCUCCGUGACUCACAUUCUGGUAUUGAUUCUCAUACUUCUAAUGGAGAUUUGUGCGGCAAGACCUUGGUGGAAUACCAACGAAGCUGGCUACGACGCCAGUCUGGAUCCUGUGGCCUGGUCGAGGUCCUUCGUCAAGGAUCAAGUGCGAAGAACACGCCACAAUACUCUCCCCACCGAAAGCAGAAGCAAUCAUCGUCAAGCUCCAAAGUAUCGCUACAAGAAACUCGCCAAAGUACUAGCUGGAAGUCAUCAGAAAGUCAGCACAAGACAUCACAAGAAAUUCCUAAGAAGACGCCAGAAAAUGACGGCACGUGAACGAUACUCGCUUUGGAGGCAAUAGCCUUUUGGCCAUAUUUCUAGGUGCUAAGCAUAAAUAUUAGUCAUAAUUAAUUAGCAUAUUAAACAAAAGACUUAAGACACAAA